UCACGGGGCCAGUUUCCCAGGAUUGCUGCGGGAGUCGGAGGCUGCAGGGCGGGGAGAGUGUGGCCCAGGCUGCCAGAGCAGACAUCCAUCAUUCGGAGAGACACCCGGCCGGCACGGCUGUGUUUGGGACGUGCGCUUCCUAUUCUGGGAUUUUCUCUUUUUUUUUUAAUAAAAAAAAAAAAAAACACAAUUUCCUUCAGAACGAGUCCCGGGAGUUAACGCACCACCGAGAGCCCUCAGAGCGGUGCGAUGGAGGAUGGGAAGCCGGUGUGGGCGCCCCACCCGUCGGACGGGUUCCAGCUGGGAACUAUAGUGGACAUCGGAGCCGACAGCCUCACCAUCGAACCUCUCAAACAGAAGGGAAAGACAUUUGUGGCUGCUAUCAACCAGGUGUUCCCCGCAGAGGAUGAUGUCAACAAACAUGUGGAGGAUAACUGUUCUUUGAUGUACUUGAAUGAAGCGACGCUGCUCAACAACAUUCGUGUGAGAUACAGCAAAGACAGAAUUUAUACGUUUGUAGCCAACAUCUUGAUCGCAGUCAACCCGUAUUAUGACAUCCCAAAGCUUUACUCGCCUGAUACCAUCAAGCAGUACCGGGGCCGGUCCCUGGGCACUCUGCCGCCACACGUCUACGCCAUCGCUGAUAAGGCCUACAGGGACAUGAAGGUCCUGAAGAUGAGCCAGUCCAUCAUCGUUUCAGGGGAGUCCGGGGCCGGGAAGACCGAAAACACCAAGUUUGUGCUCAAAUACCUGACCACCUCGUAUGGAACAGGUCAGGACAUCGAUGAAAGGAUAGUGGAAGCGAACCCGUUACUGGAGGCUUUUGGAAACGCAAAAACCGUCCGGAACAACAACAGCAGUCGCUUCGGGAAGUUUGUGGAGAUCCACUUCAAUGAGAAGAAUGCGGUCGUGGGCGGCUUCGUGUCGCACUACCUGCUGGAGAAGUCGAGGAUCUGCAGGCAAAGCUCCGAGGAGCGGAACUACCACAUCUUCUACCGACUCUGUGCCGGGGCCACCGAGGACAUCAGGCAGAAGUUCCACCUCAGCUCCCCGGACACUUUCAGGUACCUGAACAGAGGAUGCACUCGCUUCUUCGCCUCCAAAGACACGGACAAACAGAUCCUGCAGAACCGCAAGAGCCCAGAGCACUUGAAAGCGGGCCCUCUGAAGGACCCGCUGCUGGACGACCAGGGCGACUUCAACAGGAUGUGCGUGGCCAUGAAGAAGAUCGGCCUGGACGACACAGAGAAGCUGGACCUGUUCAGGGUGGUGGCGGGCGUGCUGCACCUCGGCAACAUCAACUUCGAGGAGGCUGGAAGCACGUCGGGAGGCUGCACCAUCAAGAACCAGUCGAGUCAGACGCUGGAGCACUGUGCCGAGCUGCUGGGCCUGGAGGAGGACGACCUGAGGGUCAGCCUCACCACCAGAGUCAUGCUCACGACAGCAGGGGGCGUCAAAGGAACAGUCAUCAAAGUGCCGCUCAAAGUGGAGCAGGCUAACAACGCUCGGGACGCCCUGGCGAAGGCUGUGUACAGCUGCCUGUUCGACCACGUGGUGACCAGGGUCAACCAGUGCUUCCCCUUCGACUCCUCCGCCAACUUCAUUGGUGUCCUGGACAUCGCUGGCUUUGAGUACUUUGAACACAACAGCUUCGAGCAGUUCUGUAUCAACUACUGUAACGAGAAGCUGCAGCAGUUCUUCAAUGAGCGCAUCCUGAAGGAGGAGCAAGAGCUGUACCAGAAGGAGGGGCUGGGAGUCAACGAGGUUCACUAUGUCGACAAUCAGGACUGCAUAGACCUGGUGGAGGCGAAGCUGGUCGGCAUCCUGGACAUCCUGGACGAAGAAAACCGACUACCUCAACCCAGCGACCAGCACUUCACCGACACUGUUCACAACAAACACAAGAACCACUUCCGCCUCACUGUACCCAGGAAGUCUAAGCUGGCCGUCCACAGGAACGUCAGGGACGAUGAAGGAUUUAUUAUCAGACACUUUGCAGGAGCCGUGUGCUACGAGACGACCAAGUUUGUGGAGAAGAACAACGACGCCCUGCACAUGUCUCUGGAGUGUCUGGUCAGUGAAUCCAAGGACCGCUUUGUCCGCGAGCUCUUCGAGAACUCCAACAACAGUAAAGAUGUCAAACAAAAGGCUGGAAAACUCAGCUUCAUCAGUGUCGGCAACAAGUUUAAGAUGCAGCUGAAUAUUCUUCUGGACAAGCUCCGCAGCACGGGCUCCAGCUUCAUCCGCUGCAUUAAGCCGAACCUCAAGAUGGUCAGCCACCAGUUUGAAGGAGCUCAGAUUCUCUCUCAGCUGCAGUGCUCCGGUAUGGUGUCGGUGCUGGACCUGAUGCAGGGCGGCUUCCCGUCCAGAGCCGCCUUCCACGAGCUCUACAACAUGUACCAGAAGUACAUGCCUCCGAAACUCACCCGCCUUGAUCCCCGCCUCUUCUGCAAGGCUUUAUUCAAAGCUCUUGGACUGAAUGAGAUCGACUACAAGUUUGGACUGACCCGAGUGUUUUUCAGGCCCGGGAAGUUUGCAGAAUUUGACCAGAUCAUGAAGUCGGAUCCGGACCACCUGGCAGAGCUGGUGAAGAAGGUGAACAAGUGGCUCAUCCACAGCCGCUGGAAGAAGGUCCAGUGGUGCGCUCUGUCCGUCAUCAAACUGAAGAACAAGAUUCUGUACCGGACCAACGCCUGCAUCAUGAUGCAGAAGACAGUCCGGAUGUGGCUGUGCAGGAAGAAGCACAAGCCGAGGAUCGACGGGUUAGUGAAGGUGCGUAACCUGAAGACAAGGAUGAACCGCUUCACCGAGGUGGUGGCCGGCCUGAAGGAGGGCAAACAGGAGAUGAGUAAGCAGAUCCAGGGUCUGGAGGCCGCUAUCGACGCCCUGAUGGUCAAAAUCAAGAGCACCAACAUGAGCCGCAUCGACAUCGACCAUGAGUACAAGACCCUGGUGACCCGGUCCGAGCAGCUGCUGACCGCCAUGCAGAACAAGAAGAAGGAGGAGGAGGAGCGCGAGCGGCUGCGGCACAUCCAGGAGGAGAUGGAGAGGGAGAGGAAGAGGAGGGAGGAGGAGGAGCAGCGCCGCAAACAGGAGGAGGAGGACAGAAAGCUGAAAGCAGAGAUGGAGGUGAAGAGGAGGCAGGAAGAGGAGGAGAGGAAGAGGAGGGAGGAGGAGGAGAGGAGGCUUCAGAUUGAGAUGGAGCUGCAGCUGGAGGCGGAGCGGGAGGAGGAUGCGGCUCGGCAGGCCGUCCUGGAGCAGGAGAGGAGGGACCGCGAGCUGGCGCUGAGGAUCGCUCAGAGCGAGUCCGAGCUCAUCCCCGAGGAGGUGCCGAAUGACUCGGGCCUGCGCAGUAAUGGCUCCUCAGUUCCAUCGUCCCCAGAGAGAGCCACUGCUGGAACCACAAAACUCAAGAGCUUGACCAUGGAAGAAAUGGCGAAGGAAAUGACUGAACUUCUGGCUCGAGGUCCACAGGUUCAGGCCUCCAAGGCUGCUGCUGGGGCCAAGAAGUACGAGCUGAGCAAGUGGAAGUACGCUGAGCUGCGGGACGCCAUCAAUACCUCAUGUGACAUCGAGCUGCUGGCCGCCUGCAGAGAGGAGUUCCACCGCCGGCUCAAAGUUUACCACGCCUGGAAGUCAAAGAACAAGAAAAGAAACACCGAGACGGAGCAGCGAGCGCCGAAAUCUGUCACAGACUACGCCCAGCAGAACCCGGCCCCGCCCAUCCCAGCCCGGCAGUACGAGGUGGCCAUGAACCGGCAGCAGCGCUACUUCCGCAUCCCGUUCAUCCGGCCGGGUGACCAGUACAAAGACCCGCAGAACAAGAAGAAGGGCUGGUGGUACGCCCACUUCGACGGGCCCUGGAUCGCCAGACAGAUGGAGCUGCAUCCAGACAAACACCCCAUCCUGCUGGUGGCAGGAAAAGACGACAUGGAGAUGUGCGAGCUGAGCCUGGAGGAGACAGGCCUGUCGAGGAAGCGCGGGGCCGAGAUCCUCCCGCGGCAGUUCGAGGAGAUCUGGGAGCGCUGCGGCGGGAUCCAGUACCUCCGCAGCGCCAUCGAGAGCCGGCAGGCGCGACCCACCUACGCCACGGCCAUGCUGCAGAGCAUGUUCAAGUGACGGAGCCCGGGCCCCUCACUGCAAACAAAGGGACAAACGCACCAGCUACCUAACACAGAUGGCGUGUGAGCGUGCUGCACCAGGGUCUGACUGGCAUUCAGCCAUUUUCUCUCAACUGUCCUUUUGUUUUAUUCUUCUGGUGGUCUUUUUUUGGCGGGGGGGGGGUCCUCGGGUCCUCGGGUCGGAAGUUUCGCAGUGAACCCUAUGCAGAAAAAUCAUACUAAAUUAUCACAUCCGGUGUUUUCCAAGGAAUUCUGUUCUGCGAGUAACUACGAGGCCUUAACACUACUUUAACAGGGUUCAGUCGCCAGAAGUAGGAUUUUUUUCUCUCUUUUUUUUUCUUCUUUUGUUCGAAGCUGCCUCCCCAAACAUGAAAACUUAAUUCCCUUUGUAAUUAUGCAUUCCUGAUUAUGACAUUGAAGUCUCACUGGUGUGUCGCUUCCAUCUUAACAGCUAGCUGGUGAUCCCUCUCCGACUUAAACCUGCUGUUUACAUUGUCUUCACGUGGUUCUUACAGGGCGAAACACACACUUGCACAAGGAGCUGUCAGUUCUCACCAUGAGGCCGAGCUGCAUGAGUGUCCCAGCUGUUUGCUCAGAAUCAAGUCAAAUACUCGCUAAUCCUUUUUUUUUUAUUUUACCGUCUGUCUUUCCAACCGAAUGUAACUUGAGACCUCGUUGAUUCCUUCAUGUAGUGAUUCCUCUUUUUCUUCUCAUGUGUGAUUAAUGUGUAAAGAUGAUGAGACCAAACGUCGCUCUGAGCGAAGCCCUCGUCGGGUUUUUCCUCUUUUUUUUUUUUCCUUUCUGUUUUUUUUUUGGCCAGAGCAGAAAUUUAACUCCGUGAUUUAGUUUUUUGUUUAUGGAGCGAAGCAGAAAGAAAAAAUGUGAAAUGAUUAUGCAAAAAGCUGACAUGCAACUCCUCUUGUGCUGUUUGAGACCAGAUCAGCGCUGCAAAACAAACAAACAAACAAAAAAAAACACUCUUCAUCUUUAGUCUUCAAAUUUGAUCUUUUUACACGAGGAAGCAUAUUUUAUUUUUUGCCAAUGCAGUGAUUCCCAAGGCAGUGUCAUUGAUAAAAGACAAACGCUCCGCGUGGCUGUUUGGUUCAAAAGUCUCAUGUGUGAUUGGAUGUGUCUGCUGUGUGACGGUGCACUGGUACUCUGAACUGGAACAUUCACACACAACACUGAAUAUUUUCUCUACAGCAGGUACAGAACAAUGCAGCCAAACAGCGACGUUCCAACUGGAAUGUAAAAGUUUUAUUUUGAAAGAACAUUUUUGUACCUGAGUGGUCCGGGUGAAUGAGAUUGUCAAGAGAAGCAAUAAAUCACCAACUACACUGAGAGGGGAGGGGAAAAAAAAAAAAAUCCCCUGCCUCUUCUGAUGGGUACAAAAACAACUUAAAGACAAUCUGCUGCGACGUUACAUCUCCUCUAUUCACCUGUUGCCAAGUUUGUUCCUGAGCUUUCUGUUAGUUUGUUUUUUUCUCUUCUCUGCACAACAACAACAACAAAAAGGUGAAUCGUCUGAAGGCAUGAAGAUCUGUCUCGUUGCAAAGUAGCUAAACCCCUUUUACAGCCGGCAUCAACAUGCAGGAAACGGGCGCAAAAUCAAUGAAGGAAUCCAUCAGAGAUACACUGAAGGUCUGAUAGUGACAGCAGAGACGGAAAGGUUUGAUGUGCUGGUGCCUGGGUCAGACGACGUCUAGACAUCUCUGUUAAAGAGGGAUUAAAAAGAGGUUUUUUUAGACUUUUAUCCAAGUAAAAAUGUACUUUUCAAUCAAAUUUCAAACUAAUAUACGUCUAUAUAUAAACUACAUAUAAAACGACAGGCGUCCUGAAAAACAGGUGUUUCGAUCAAAUGUGGCCAGUUUGGACUUCGAUCUCCCAUCAGUGUUCACUCCAUCUCUGCAUUCACCAGCCGUCCGUCUCCAGUUUGUCUGAUGGAACAGAUUUGUCUCCUCCGAUAUUCUGAUUGAUCCUGGUUUCUAAAUGCUGCUCAUACACAGUUAAAUGAACAGAGAGACGGCGUGAAUAACAUGAUAACUGAACAUUCCGUUCAAAGUUAAUCAGUUACACAAAUUAGUCGGACCAAUUUGGUGUGAGUUCUGUUCAGACAAUUUUUAUACCAAUUCAGGUUCUGUGUUCUUUCGCCUCUCAGACACAUUAGCCGUGUUACCUUCAAUGUAUUUUUAUCAGCACUUUGAAGCAGCGCAUCAGAAACAGUUGAUGGAAACUGCAAAAAAACCCAAAAAAACAAGAACGUUCUUCUCUGAGACUUAAGUCGACUGUCAGUUUCACAUUCCCUCGCAGACAGCCAUGGCAGCUGAUGUUGUUUCCCCGUCUUCGAGAUUUAUUGGUGGUUGGUUUUUAGCGACGUCUCCUUCUUCUACCACUUAUUACAACAGUGCGUAAUGUAGCUUAUACCACCAUCUUCUGACCAAACUACACUCGGGUGUAUCCUAAUUUAUUCGCUCCACACCAGUCGAUAAUUUUUUGACAUUUCAAAAGAAAUUUGCUUCAAACUCUUCAUUUGCUUCGUUUCUCUCUUCCGGAUUUGGGUUAUUGAGCCGUUUCCUGCUUUAGUUGAUGAUGUAACAUCAGAGACAUGCAGUACAGGGACUAAAGAAAAAUCAGAUCAGCUCAGGUUCAGACAGAGUUACAUCUCAAAGAUCUGAACUGGAUUUUAAACAAAUCAGAAAUGAUGGACACCCAGAAACAGCAGAGCUAAAGUGAAACAUGCAGCCAGUGAACACCUUCAGGGCUUUGAACCAGGUGAGCUGAGUGGUUUCCCAUGUGUUUUACAGCAUGUUGAUGCCGAGUGUAAAGGAGACACAUCCUGAGCUUUGCCCACCAUAAAGACCUCAGCGUUGGUUCUAACACCCGAGUGACGACCUUGAAUCUUCCCUCAGAUGUAGAUGAAACUGUCCUGCCUCUGCUUCGAUCCGUUCCUCUCCACACAUUACAAUCAUUCCUCGGGAAGCACUGCCUUUGUCCACUGUCAUUUUUUUCUAACGCUGAUCUCUCUAACAGACAAAUAAAUGCAUUCCAUGUUUCACUCA